CACACACACACACACACACACACACACACACACACACACAUAUAUAAAGCCAGACUGUCCUCUUUAAAGCUUACUGGACUAAGCAAAACCUGUGGGACUUGAAGCAAACAACUGUGAACAUGAAGUUGUAUCUGGUUCUUGCCUUAGUGGCAUUCACAGGUUGCCAAGCCAACCUAUUUUAUGCUGAUGAGCCCAAGCCACAGCUGGAACAGCUGACCGAUGCAUUCUGGAGUUAUGUUGCCCAGGCCACACGCACCGCAGAGGACACGCUGAAAAUGAUCAGAGAGUCUCAACUUGGUCAGGAAGUCAAUACUAGGCUGACCCAGAGUGGCGAUAUGGCCAGUGAAUAUGCUGUCACCCUCAAGAAACAGAUGGAUCCUCUGACUGAAGAGCUGGUGACUAAAAUCACCAAAGAGGCUGAAGUGUUGAGGGAGCGUCUGGGCCAGGACUUGAUGAAUGUAAGAGACAAACUGGAGCCCUAUGCUGACAACCUCAAGAGCCAGAUCCAGCAGAGAGUGGAGGAGCUCAGGACGGCCAUGGCUCCCUUUGCUGAUUCCCUGGAUUCUGAGACCCUGAAGGCCAAUCUGCUCCAGAAGAGUGAGGAGCUGAGAGGAAACCUGGAGCAGAGCGUGAAGGAGCUGCAGUCUCAGCUGGAGCCCUACACUGCUGAGAUCAAGGAGAAAGUGGACAAACAUCUGCAGGAGUUUCAGAAAACCAUAACACCUCUGACUGAGAAUCUUCAGGCCCAGAUUAGAGAGAGAGCCCAGAUGGUCCAGCAGAGUCUCACACCCUACACACAGGACCUAAAGGCCCAGCUCACCUCCCUGUAUGAGUCCUUUGCCAAGAGAAAUUAGAUUCUUCAAAGACUUCUUUUGUAACUAAAAGAACUGUUUUUUCCUUCCAUUGUGACUCCAAAAUUCCAUAUCUCUCCAAUAACCUCGACAUAAAUCAGACUACUAGGCAACAACAAUAUCUUUUUGAUCUUACACAGUGGCGAUUCUAGACUUUUUUAACAGGGGUGGCCUUAGUGGAGCAAUGAUUAAUUCAAGGGUGGCAUCAUAAAAUCAUGCAUCGAACACCAUACUCAUAAAUUGAAGGACAAAGGCCGUACUCUUACAUCAAAUUUAUUUUUAUUUGAAUAAAAUCAAAUAUAAAUAAACAAACAUCUCAAACAUAAAAA